AUGGCUGCACUUGCUUCUCAUUCGGUACAGUCCGAGGCAAAGAAACCGCAACGGGUUAAUACGCCUCAAUGGGUCUCACUCGUGGCUGGCGGAAUUGCAGGUGGAGUGGAGGCAGCCAUGACGUAUCCAUUUGAAUACUCCAAGACUCGCGUUCAGCUGUUAGACAACAGUGCUGUCCAAACGUCUAAUCCCCUACGUCUCAUCUGCCAAGUCGCAAAGCAGGAAGGCGUCGGUGCUUUGUACAUGGGCUGCUCAACUCUCAUUAUCGGAACCACGGCAAAAGCCGCUGUCCGCUUUGUGUCAUACGAUACAAUCCGCAAUUCCCUGAACGACGAGCAUGGGGUUCUCUCACCCGGCCGGGGCAUGCUAGCUGGAAUGUUUGCAGGAGCUGUAGAAAGUGUACUGGCAGUAACCCCCACGGAGAGAAUCAAGACCGCACUAAUUGACGAUGCAAAGGGAGCUCGACAAUUCAAAUCAAGUCUCCAUGCGACCAAAGUUUUAGUCCAAAGACAUGGUAUCACAGAGCUGUACCGAGGUCUUUUAUCAACCGCAAUGAAGCAAUCAGCAACAUCAGCUGUUCGGAUGGGGACAUACAAUAUUCUUAAAGAGACUGUCAAAGCAAAUAAUGUCAAGACGAACGUGUUCACGACGUUUGGAAUCGGCGCCGUGGCGGGUGUUGUUACUGUCUACGCCACGCAACCCUUUGACACGAUCAAGACACGGGCGCAAGGUGUUAAGGGUGUUGGUGUUGUUGAGGCAUCUCGGAGUGUCAUUCGCGACUAUGGAGUUCGUGGAUUCUGGAAGGGUAGUUCUAUGCGACUAGGUCGACUGCUUUUGAGUGGUGGCAUCGUGUUCUCUGUCUACGAAGAAGUAGCGGCCAUUUUGUCUCCUAAGACACACAGGUGA